GAGCGGAAUCCCACCCAAAAACGGCAAAAACUAAACUCGACGUGCCCCUUCCAUAUCCCUUUCAUUUUCGUUUUGUGUUUGUAAACAACAAUAUUAAUCACUGUUUUCGUUUUUGCGCUAUAAUAUUUUAUAUCCGUGAGGUUUGUGAUUCGAACGUUUCCAUUGAUGUUUUUAUUAGAGUUCGAUGCUUUCCCGCCUGUGACGUCCGAUCGCCAACGUCGCAACCACCGCAAUGUGUUUGCCGCCAUUUUCGUGUGAGCGGACGAUCACUGGACAACGGUCAAUGGGUGCCAACGCCAGUCGACUCAACGAAACCAAAAACAUUGGGUUUUAUUGGAUAUGUAUUAAGGAACAAUCAUUGUGUAAUUAGAACAAUAAUUACAAAUUUAACAAGUGUUGCUUAACUUGCAUCAUUUUAAAAUGAAUAAAAAGUAUACACAUUUUUUUCUUUGUCAAUAACUGGUGUACUAAUUGACAUGGGUGAUAGAUUAUUUAUGGCCAUGAGCCGCCGCCGUAUAUCAUGCCCAUUGGCUGUUCAACAGCUGUGGGAUGCGGUGAAAGUGAUACGUUUUCAAAGGCAGGUACCUGAUAUUGAUCGCAUCACAAAAUAUAUGACUAAGGUCCACAAUAUGUCACCAGAGGAAGUUGGAAGACAAUUAAAUUAUUGCGUACGCGAUGGUCUUUUAAUAUUGACUAAAAGAGUUGGUAACAAAGGUUCAAAAGCGGGAGUUGAAACUGAAGGAUACAAACUUCCAGAAGAAAAAGCUGAAAAAGACAGUCAUGAUUGGUACUGUUUUCAAUGUCACAGUGCUGGAGAUGUUAUAAGUUGUACAUCUUGUUAUCGAGUUUUUCAUCUUUCAUGUAUUGAAAAAAAGGACUUGCCAGAAAAUGAUGUUAAGCACAAGUUUAUUUGUAUUAUAUGCAAAAAUUGUGCUUCAACUAAAGAAGCUUGUAAAAAGAUUAAAAAAAGUCAGCUUAAUAGGCUUCUUUAUCAUACUACUGGCAGAUUAAGAGAAAAAAUACCUUUACCAUGGUCAGAACGCAAAAUUGCUACCACAGCUCCAUCAACAUAUGUUUCAGACAGACUUCAGUUUCAGAGUCAACUAAAAGGUAGUGAUUUACAUUUUAACAUGAAAUCUGCAUUAAAGGAUAAAGAUCCUUGGAGGAUAGAUCUUCUUAUUUUCAAAGUUAUAGAUCUUCAAAUGAUUGAAGAUAAAGCUGAUGAUGAUGAGUAUAAAAAUGUUGAAGAGUUUCGAGCGGAUAUAUUAACCUUUGUUCACAAUAUUAUUAUUUUUCAUGGCGUUCAUAGCAGUUUAGCUGAUUAUGGCCGUUUAAUGUUAAGAGAUUGUAAUAGAGAUUUGGAUGAAAUAAUGAGGUGCCGUUAUUGUUACAAAUAUUCUAUACAAAAAAAUUCAAAAUUUUGGUUUUGUAAACCUUGCAAACCCCCACAUGAACUAGUGUAUGCAAAACAAGAAGAUUUUCCAUACUGGCCAGCAAAAGUGUUAAAAAUUGAAGGUGAUAUGUAUGAAGUACGGUUUUUUGGUAGUGAACAUCAGCUCGGAGUUAUUGACAAAUCUCAAAUACGACCUAUAUCAGUAAACAUUCAUACAUUGCAGUCUCAAGGACGUACUUCUCAAUGGAACAAAGCAUGUGAAGAAUUGCGUCGCCAUCAACUUCAACUGGACAAAGUUAUAUUUGGUCUUGCUACACAAUCAUCAUCCUCUUCGUCUAGUUCGUCUUCAGAGGAUGAAGAAGAACCACUUAAAGUAGAAGCGUCACCCAUUCUUAAACGUUAUGAAAGGAGAAAAGUUAAAGAACAGAAAGCAUCAAUAAAAGUCGAGGUAAAAGUUGAGACAGAUACUGAGGAAUCAGAAUCAAAAGAUGAAAUAAAACCUGUAAAAAGAAAACGAGGUAGACCAUUAUCUCUAGAAAAAAAAACAAGUCCACCAAAAAAAAUUGUAAAGAAACCUUUAUUAAUUAAAAAAAACAGUCCUGAAAACACUGUAGAAAAAAGACCUAGAGGUAGACCUAGAAAAGUUAGUGAACCCAUUAAUGCAGAUAAUAUUCCAAUAAAACAUUUGAAAACUAAAGUUAAAAGCCCAAAAGAAAAUAUUAGUGCAUCAGAAGGAAUUAAAACAUCUAAAAGUGCAUCGCCAUUGAAAACAAAAUCUCCAGCUAAAGAAAAUGAAGUAGAUGAAAAUAUAACAUCUACAACUGAAAGGUUAAAAGACCCUGAUGUCGUUGAAGAUGAAACGGUUAGUUCUUCAUGUCAAGAUUUAGUACGAUCAGUUAAAGUGCAAACAAAACCAAUUAGUAAAAAACCACCUAAAAGCUAUAUAAACAAGAUUCGAGCUGAAAUGGAAAGUGAAAAACGUAAAGCUAUUGAACAAUUAAUUGAACAACAUAAAGAGGAGAUUGCUUUAUUGAAUGAAAAUCACAAUAUUGCACUGUCUGAAGUGAAAAAAAAACAAUGGUGUGUGAAUUGUGAAAGUGAAGCUAUUUACCAUUGUUGUUGGAAUACAGCAUAUUGUAGUCCUAAAUGUCAACUAAUUCAUUGGAGUAGUGAACAUAAAAGGCAUUGUCGUCGAAAAAGAUGAUCUUAAACUAUUUAUGGGAGUAUUUUAACUAAAGGAAUACUAUUUUAGUUAAAACUGCCAUGUAUGUAGACACAUACUUACAAUAUAUUUAUAUUGACAAAUGUAUUAUUAGCUUAUACUAACUAACUCAAUAUUUCACUAAAUUUGGGUAAUUUAUUUUAUGUGUGGUACUAUAGUGUCUUAUAUCAAAAUUAACAAGAACAAUAGGUAUUACUUAAAAGUUAAGUGAAUUUUUCAGAAACAUACAAGUAUUAUUAAAUUUAAAAUUUUUUGUUAAUUUAUGUAUUUUUGCUGAUUGACUUUGUAUCAUAAUUAUGUAUGUAUUUGAUUGAUUUAUUUAUAGGAUGUACAGUAAAGAAUUGUGCAAAUAUUUAUCAUCAAAUAUUUAAAACAUAAUUAAAACAUUAAAACAGUUGCAUCUAUAUAUAUAUAUUGGAUGUAUAUUUGGUUAAUUUUUUUGAAACCCUAUACAAUUGUAUGUUUUAAUUUCACGUGUUUUGUUUCCAAGCUAAUUGGCAAUAAAUUAUUUUACAGUAGUUGCUUAUUGGACUUGUUAUUUAUUGGCUUAUUAGUUAUUUUUCUUUUGGACUUAAACAGGCUGGUCAGUAUGCUUGCAUGUAUACUAACUUUUUACUGUUGCACAUGGAGUGUUACUCCCUGCCGCACAUCUAAUUAAUAUUUUUAGGUCUAAUUUUUCCCACCUGGCGAUAUAACUAAUCAUGGGGGUGAUGAUUAAGACAUAUUUUGGUCACCUUCGACUAUUGCUCUCUCGGCAUACGGAGUAUACUAAGACUUAGAGUCAAAUGUGUCUUUAGGACAUAAUUAUACUGGUUUAAAGGGUCAAUUAAUCAAAUAAAUAAUUAAUAACUAGUUACAUUUUUGAACAAUUUUAUUGAUUUGUCUAUGAUUAUUUAAUACAUUAAUAAUUAUAUACAAUUUAGUGAAUAUAAUUUAAUGCUAAUUAAUAAAUUUUAAUACAAAUGUAUAAGUACAUUUCUCUAUUUUGCUUGUAAUUUUUUUUAUUGCAUAAUUAUAUUUAUUAAACAAAUAUAUCUUUUAAUUUUAUACCUUUUACUUUAUUGAUUUAUUUGGUUUAUGGAAUCUAAUGUUGUUUUGGUCCCAAAUCAAGUCCAAUAAGUGGCAUUUACUGUAUUUAUUAAAAUAUAUUCAUCAAAUUUUUUAAUACUUUGGUUAUUAUGUAGUAAAAGUUAAUUUGUUAUUAUAAUUUUGAUCUUCAUUAUAUUCGUUUGAAAUAAUAAUUUUUAAUUUUUAAAUUUUAGUUAAGCAAAGAAUGUAUUGAACUAUUGUUUUUUUUUUUAUAUUGUUUUGUUGUUUUUUGUACAUUUUUUUUUUUAAGUUUAUGAAUAAUAAUAUUUUAAUUUGUUAAACAGACUUUUUUUUAUACAUAUUAUUUUGUUUUAUUAUCAUAAUUUUUAGUUAGAAAUUAGAUCUAUAUUAUUCUAAAACGGUGCUUUAAAAUUAGUUAUUUAUUAAGUAAUGGUUAAAUAUUAUUUGUUCAAUUAAAGGGGUAAUUCCAUUUUAGCGAGUUUAAAUCAAUAUACACAAUUUAUUUAGAUUAUUUAAAGAUAUUUAAAGAGCUUUGAAAAGUAAGUUAAUAAUAUAAGUUUAAUUAUAAUGUACACAUAUUAAUUUUCAUCAUAAUUCACUGAGCUUGCUACUAUAGGUAUAAUGAAAUAAUAAGAAUCUUAAACUCCUAAAAAUUUGUGAAUAAUCAGAAAUGUAUGAUUCUAAUUUAAGUUAUAUUUUUACUUAUUUAAUUAUUACUUCCAGUUUCUCCAUUUGUUUAUAAUAUUUUAGUCUAUACUAGUAUAUUACUAUAAUAUUACAUACUUACAUAAGUUGUAUUUUUAAGUAUGUCUAAAGAUUAUUUAAGCAAUAUUUUAAAAUUUUAGACUGUAUAUGUUUCAGCCCAUUGCCACUAAAUUAAUGGGAAGAAAUAAUUAGAUAUUUUUAUCAUAUAAUUAGGUUUAUCUGUAAUCUUUUACUCGGUAAUAUUCAUAAAAUAGUAUAAUAUAAUAUAUAUUUUUUUACAAUUUAAUAUUUAUACCAUGGUAGAUAUGUUUGAUCUCAAUACAUUAUUUAUUUAUUUUUUGUAUGUAUUUAUAAUUAAUCCAUCCUUUAGUGUGUAGUCUUUUGACUUGUAUAAAUGUAUAAUGGUAUACAUCAUUUAAUCAUCAAUCAUAUUUAAGUUACUCUAGUUAUUCAUUGGUGAAACAGUGUUGUUUAUUGUUAUUUAAACCAUAAAUUAUUUUUGGUGAUUGUAUUUAUUGCAUUGUAGAUCCCAAUUAAACAUUGUAAACCAGAUUGUAGAUCUUAUAAUAUUAUAAGUACUUUGUAAUCAAUUGAUUGGUGAAUGUCAUAAAUUUAAGAACAUAUAUCAAAUAAAUAAUUUGCAAAUA